UUCUGCACAAUCUUCAAAUAAACAUAAUCUUCUUUUCAAUUUUAAAAGGACUACCUUUAUUUCCGCACCAAUCAUUAAUCUCAUGGCUUCAUCAACAGCUUCUUUUGUAAAUGGUGGAUCAUCACCUUCAUUUCCAUCUCAGAGACUCUUGGCCUUAGCCCAGCAGCUGCGUCAUUACAAGCCUCCACCUUGUUCCUUAGACGAAGAAUCUGUUACCCCAGUUGUCCAAAACCCAGAAAAGUUUAGACCCAAAAGAGCUGCUGUUUUGAUAUGUCUCUUUGAAGGAGAUGCUGGGGAUUUGCGUGUCAUACUGACCAAAAGGUCUUUAACAAUGUCUACACAUUCCGGGGAAGUUUCAUUGCCAGGUGGGAAAGCAGAGGAAGGAGACAAAGAUGAUGGUGAUACAGCUACUAGAGAAGCCAAAGAAGAGAUUGGGUUGGAUCCUUCACUUGUGAAUGUUGUAACUUUUCUUGAACCAUUUUUGUCCAAGCAUCUCCUUAGAGUUGUUCCUGUUAUUUGCAUACUUAACGACAGGAAGGCAUUCAAGCCUAAGCCGAAUCCUGCUGAAGUGGACACUGUGUUCGACGUUCCACUGGAAAUGUUCAUUAAGGAUGAAAAUCGAAUUGCUGAAGAGAGAGAAAUGAUGGGAGAAAAGUAUCUUCUUCACUUCUUUGACUAUGAAACUGAGAAUAAGAAGUAUCUAAUUUGGGGUUUAACUGCUGGCAUUUUAAUCAGAGCUGCUUCAGUGGUCUACCAGCAACCACCGGCCUUCCCGGAACAGAGUCCCAAGUAUGAAUUUCUUAGGGAUGUGGGCAAAAUUACCGACGCACAUUGAAUAUAGUCUAGGAAUUUUAAGCUUGCCUUGUAUUGCAAUGGGGCAUCUUCAAAAGUAAUAAUCUUGCAGAAAAUCUAAACAGAGUAUUCAUUCAAAGCAAUCUUUCCUUCGUUUUACUCUUCUUUAACAA